AUGGAGAAUGAAAAGGAAAAUCUCUUUUUUGAGCCACAUAAAAGAGGACUAAUGAAAACACCUCUGAAAGAAUCCACUGCAGCAAAUAUAGUGUUGACAGAGAUACAGCCUGACUUUGGCCCUUUGACCACGCCCACCAAGCCCAAGGAACUCUCCCAGGGAGAACCGUGGACACCAACAGCCAACCUGAAAAUGCUCAUCAGUGCCGUGAGCCCCGAGAUACGAAAUAGAGAUCAGAAAAGGGGGUUGUUUGAUAGCAGAAACGGAUUACCUGAGGCCAAAGAUUGUUUGCACGAACACUUAUCUGGAGAUGAAUAUGAGAAAUCCCAACCAAGUCGAAAAGAAAAAAGUUUAGGAUUGUUGUGUCAUAAGUUCUUAGCACGAUACCCUAACUACCCCAACCCUGCUGUGAACAAUGACAUCUGUCUUGAUGAAGUAGCUGAAGAACUUAAUGUUGAGCGGCGACGCAUUUACGAUAUCGUGAAUGUCCUAGAGAGUUUACACAUGGUGAGCCGCCUGGCCAAAAACAGAUACACUUGGCACGGGCGACAUAAUCUCCACAAAACCCUGGGGACUUUGAAAAGCGUCGGGGAAGAGAACAAGUAUGCCGAGCAGAUUAUGAUGAUCAAGAAGAAAGAAUACGAACAAGAGUUUGACUUUGGUAAGACCAUCAGCCUAGAGGAUCAUAUCAUCAAAUCGAACACCGGCCAGAAUGGACAUGCGGACAUGUGUUUUGUCGAACUCCCUGGAGUGGAAUUUCGGGCAGCUUCUGUAAACAGCCGCAAAGAUAAGUCUCUAAGAGUGAUGAGCCAGAAGUUUGUGAUGCUGUUUCUGGUGUCGACGCCUCAGAUAGUAAGCCUAGAAAUUGCUGCCAAGAUUCUAAUUGGGGAAGACCACGUGGAAGAUUUGGAUAAAAGCAAGUUUAAAACAAAAAUUAGGAGGUUGUAUGAUAUUGCUAAUGUCCUGAGUAGCCUGAAUCUUAUCAAGAAAGUUCACGUUACGGAAGAAAGAGGCCGAAAACCAGCUUUUAAAUGGACAGGCCCAGAAAUCAGUCCAAAUCCCAGUGGACGUGGCCAAGUCCUUCCUUUCCCCCAUUCCGAUCUAGAAGUGAAGCGGCCUUCAAAAGACAACUGUGCCAAAAACCUCUUUUCCACGCGUGGGAAACCAAACUUCACUCGACACCCAUCUCUGAUCAAACUGGUUAAGAGCAUAGAAAGUGACCGGAGAAAGAUAAAUUCUGCUCCCAGUAGCCCCAUCAAGACAAGCAAAGCUGAGAGCGCUCAGAAUCCGGCACCCUUCCCAAGUAAAAUGGCUCAGCUCGCAGCUAUUUGCAAAAUGCAGUUAGAAGAGCAGUCAAGCGAACCCAGCAAGAAAGCGAAGGGACAGCUGGAAAGAUGCGGGCACUGCAAACCAGUGUCUCCUCUGCACACCACAGCAAAUGCUGAGCUGGAACUGACGGCCCCGCCCCUCAUCCAGCCCCUGGGGGUGGUCCCCCUCAUCCCCAGCCCAUUGUCACCUGCAGUGCCCAUGAUCCUACCUCAGGCCCCUUCAGGCCCGUCCUAUGCCAUCUACCUGCAGCCUGCCCACGCCCAGACCGUGACGCCACCCCAAGGCCUGAGCCCGACAGUCUGCCCCGCCCCCUCUUCUAAAGCUACAAGAUCAAAAGACUCCACAGAUGCCACCACCGAGAAGGCAGCCAAUGACGCCACCAAAUCCGGUGCCUCCACCAGGCCUGGAAGCUUGCAGCCAGUGACUGAGAGACCAGGUGCGAAGAACCGAGACAAGGAGCCUGCUGGAGAAAGAGGCUCAAAGAGGGCAAGCAUGCUCGAGGACAGUGGUUCCAAAAAGAAGUUUAAAGAGGACCUGAAAGGACUUGACAGUGUCUCCACAACCUUGUUCCCAUCAGGAUACCUAAUCCCCCUCACCCAGUGCUCAUCCCUGGGGGCAGAGUCUAUGCUGUCUAGUAAAGAAAACUCAAGUACACUUUCCCCAAACCACAGGAUCUACAGCUCCCCAAUCACAGGUGUCAUUCCAGUGACAUCAUCCGAACUCACUGCUGUUAAUUUUCCCUCUUUUCAUGUAACACCUUUGAAGCUAAUGGUCUCACCAACUUCCGUGGCAGCUGUACCUGUCGGGAACAGCCCGGCUCUCACUUCGAGCCACCCCAUUCCCGGCCAGAACCCGAGCUCAGCCAUUGUAAACUUCACACUGCAGCACUUGGGACUCAUCUCCCCCAGUGUGCAGGUGUCUGCCAGCCCCGGAGCCGUUCCUGUGUCUCCAAGAAUAGACCCUGUUAGUGUUGUACCAGAAAAUGCAGGUACUCAGCAAGGAAGGGCCACCAGGUACGACUCUCCAGUCCCCGGCCAGAACCAACCGAGUGGACAAUCAGUUGCUGCGACAGGGGCACAACAGCCUGUUCCUGUGACACCCAAAGGGUCACAGUCAGUGGCCGAAAGUUUCUUCCGUACCCCAGGCGGACCAAUGAAGCCAAUGGGCCCAUCCUGCAUGGAUUUCGAUGGUGCUCAUAAAACCUCCGUGGGAACUCUCUUUGUCCCACAGCGAAAACUGGAAGUCUCGACAGAGGAUGUCCAUUAA